AUGUCGCCGCUUAACCCGUUAGGAAAUCGUCAGGAAAUACAACAAACGAUUGUUUGGAUAAAAACUCAUUUGGAAGAAGAUAGCGAGAUCUCGAUUCCCAAACAAGAUGUUUACGAUCAGUAUUUAAAAUACUGCGAAAACGUAACAAUGAAACCUUUAUCGACGGCAGAUUUUGGUAAAGUUAUGAAACAAGUUUAUCCGGGUGUCAGACCGCGACGUUUAGGUACGAGAGGAAAUUCGAGAUAUUGUUAUUCUGGAAUGAGAAAUACCAGUAAAUUACCGACGCCGGUAUUACCACUGUCAACAAGUACUGAAAAUUUAAAUUCUAAUGGCGACGUAAAUGACGAAAACAAAUUUAAAAAAAUUGAAAAAUCUAAAAGAAAAUGGACAUCACAAAAUUUUCGAAAUGAAAAAUCCGAUCAAGUUAAAACACCGAAAAAAAUUAAAUCGGAAAGUGAUGGCAUCGAAUGCAGGAAAAGUGCAGAUGAAAAAGUCAACGACGACACCGGUUUGGAAAAAAUAAAAUGCGAAAGAAAAUCGGAAAAUCCAUUUAGUGCCUUUGAUUUAGAAUUUUCUAAUGCCUUUGAAAAAUAUGUUAAAAAAGAUGUUAAAAUAGAUAAAAACUCGAGUUCGAAUUCUGAAAAAAAAAAUACAACCGAUCAUUACGAAAAAGAAAAAGUACCUGAAAUUACGGAAAAACAAAUUAAAAUAGAAGAAAAUGGGACCACGUCAAAUGAAAAUCAAACGUCAUCGUCGAAUGAGAAAGAAGAAAAAGGAAAAUCGUCGAACAAUCGUAAAACGAAUUUAAAAACGGAAAUUAAAAAGGGGGCAAAAAUAAAAUCGAUGAAAUCGAAACCGUUAAAAAAAUCCGCUUCUCUGUCUAAAGCCACGAAAAAUUACAAGAAAUCAUACGUUCCGAUACAACCGAAACCCGUCGAAGAAUCAAAAUCAUUCUGCGUUCGAUUCGAAAAAAACAACGUGUAUUCGGAAAAGAAUGAAAAAGGGGGAGAAUCGAAAUCAAGUGAAGGGGGGGUAACAUUAUUAGACGAAAACGAUUCGCAAGAACCCGAAGAGGAAAUAGCUCGAUAUUUUAAACAUUUAGACGAAAAUGAAUUGAACACCAACAGGCUCGUCGAUCAAGCCGUGAAAUUUUUCAAUACGACUCCGGUGCAAUCGAUGGAUAACAUCUCGGAAAUAAUGGCGAAUCCGACAAAUCCUACGCCUUUAAUCGGAAGCGGAGAUUCCCUCGGUCAACCUGUUCAACAACAAUUUCUAAGAAGUCAAAGCUGUUUCGAAGUUCAUCGGGAGGUAUUCAAUACGGAAGAGAAAAGAAAUUCUACGAUGCUUACUCGGAGUCAAAGCUCGGUUGAACUUCCCACGUCGAUCGAUCCUGUCACCAAUCGCGAAACAUCCAAUCCGGGUUCAGAAGACAAAAAGAAAAAAAUAUCACACCUGAGAAUACUAUUGGAAAGAUCGAUAUCUUCGGAUUCGAAAAAUCAACAAUAUCCGUGUUCAGUGAAGAGUCACGGAAAUUUAUUACAUAAUAAUAAUAAUAAUAAUAAUUCCGGAAUCCCCGACACGUCGCCUUCACAUAAUUUCAUAUCAAAUGCGAAUGAUUGUAAUAAAAUGGAAGGAACGGAAACAAAUUUGUUGCCUUCGAAUGUUAAAGUUGUAGAUAGAAAUAAAAUAAAAUUAAACGGGUUUAAAGUACUGAGCAAGGGGCCUUCAUUUGUACCGCAAAGUCCAAACAUGCGAACAAAAUAUUUUAAUUUUACUCCGAUAUCGCCGGGACCACAGUCUCCCCAUCAUAAAACACCAUCAUCAUCCGCGAGUCCAUUUUUAAGUCCGGGUAACACGCCAGUGCCUAGAUCGAAACAAAAUUCUCAAAACGAUAGUUUUUUGUCACCGUUGGGUAGAAAAUCCGGGGUAGUUCGGUCGAAUUUUCCCGGGAAAAAUAACUUGCAAAUAAUGGAAAAUGCAAAUUUUCCACUCAAUUCUCCAUUUUCCAUAACGACGUCAUCAACGAGUUCAAAUUUCAUAUCGAACGAAUCAUUUUCAAUAGAAGUUCAAAAAUUAUUAGAUAACAAUUGUAAAAUGGUGACGGGAAAUCAAAUAGCAACGAUACGAUCACGUUCGGUACCAUUGAAUAGAAUGAUAAGCGAAAGUUCUUGGAUCCCCAAUCAAUGUUCUUCUAUUUACACCGAUUUUUGCAACACGGUUAAUUCUGUCGAGGGUGGUAAAUUAUCAGGCUUGAUAAUGCCCAACAGCACGGUGGUAGACGGUUCGAACAAGUCUCUAACAUCAAAUUUAUCAUCGGGUUUCAUCAACGGUGAUGAAAUAUCGAAUUUAAGUUCGUCCGGAUCACUUAGCAGCGAAUUAUUUUCGAGUGGUACCACUACGUCGGUUGUAGGAACGCCACAAAUGGAAAAUAAAUUUUUCGUAAAUGAUUUUGGACGAAGAUCGAACGAGGAUAGUUUCGUAGACGGUCAAUCUUUCAAUAAUGACAAUUCAACAUUUUCAAAUAAAUUGGAUUUGAAUUGCGGGGGGGAAGGGUUCGAAACGACAUUUUCAACGGAUGCCGAUACCGGGAUAACGGAUACCAUAAAAUCGUACUUGCCAGAUUUUGAAAAUUUAGACGAUAAUACAGGGGAUCACGUGGAAAAUGUAGAAAACGAUAACAACGGAAACGAUAGAAAAUUAUUUUUAAACGAAGGGGGUAAUGAAAAUAUAAAAGAUCCAGUAAUAACAUCAUUUAAACCCGUUAUAAUGAACGAUUUAUCAAAUUCUCCAGGUUCUCCAGUUCUUAAUAAUUUUUUCACAUCAAAUACAACAAAAAUAAACGAUGAAAGUCAACAACACCUGAUUGAAUUUUUCAAUUUCGAAGAUUAG